AAUCAGGUGAGUUGUUACUCCUAUACGGAUAUCAGACACGUGUGCUUCCUUACGCAUAGGGAGACAUCGAGCAGAAACCUCACUACCAACAAUUAAUCUACAAUGGCCAAAAGUUUGAGAAGCAAAUGGAAGAGGAAGAUGCGUGCAGAGAAACGGAAAAAGAAUGCUCCAAAAGAACUUGCCAGACUGAAGCAAGCGUUGGCGCAUGAUGGGAAAGGCGAGAUCUCCAUGGAUGAUAUGCAAGAGAUUGUCACAGUGGUGCCAAUAGAGAAGAUAAAGGAAAAGAAAGUUGACGCUGUUAUGGAUGGGGAUGAUGGUGAUGAUGGAAAGAUGGACUUGGACAGCAAGCGCAACAAGAAAACAUUGCUGGAUGAGCAUGGACAGUACCCCACGUGGAUGAGCCAACGGCAGGCCAAGAAACUGAAGGGCAAACGGGUUGGCAAGAAAACAGGAAAGGCCAAGAAGCAGAAAGGCAUGGCUUGGUAAACUCGAAAA